AGUUAGUGAGCGAUAACGCAUUAAGAAAGAAGCAUCAUGCUUCGUUUCGUCGCUCGCGGUAGAUUCGUCAUCUGUGACAAUCUCGAGAAAUGUCUGAGUGAAAGACCGGCUCUGGGAGGCGUGCGUGACACCUGCAGCGUCGCCAGGGUGUCGAGGGUCAAGGAGAGACUUGGCGGUGGUUCGACGUCGCGUUCAAAUUGUUUGAUCGAUUCCGCGAUACCUCGCGCAACCAUCGAAACGACUUGUCGGUUGUCAUCAACGUCGACUGCCAGUGAAGCCCGCAAGACCUGUCUUUACGAUCUUCAUAUAAAAGAACAAGGCAAGGUCAUUAACUUUGCGGGAUGGCUACUGCCGGUGCAGUAUCGAGAGGCGAUCGCCGUGUCUCAUCUACACACCAGAUCACUGGCAUCGCUCUUCGACGUCGGUCACAUGCUGCAAACGCGCGUUUUCGGUAAGGACGCCGGAGAGUAUUUGGAAUCGCUAACCACGUGUGAUCUCAAGAAUCUAAGCAAGGGUGCCGCGACUCUGACAGUCUUCACCAAUGAUAAGGGUGGAAUUUUGGACGAUCUCAUCAUUACUAAAGACGAUGAGGAUAAAUACUUCGUGGUAUCUAACGCGGGGAGGAGGGACGAAGAUAGUCAACUUCUCUUGGAGCGUCAGGAUGAUUUCAAGAGGAUUGGUAAAAACGUGCAUGUCGACUUCUUGGAUCCUCUGGAGCAAGGUCUCAUAGCUCUUCAAGGGCCUACAGCGGCAACGGUCCUCCAAUCAUUAGUAAAAAUAGAUCUUCAGACUCUAAAGUUCAUGAACAGUGUCGAGACCGAGGUGUCAGGAAGUAAUAUUAGAAUUUCGCGAUGUGGAUACACCGGAGAGGACGGUUUUGAGAUCUCUGUACCUGCGAAUGACGCGAUUAAUCUAGUCGAAAGGAUCUUGGAGAUUCCUGACGUGAAGCUGGCCGGUUUAGGAGCCAGAGACAGCCUAAGAUUAGAGGCUGGACUCUGUCUAUACGGUCACGAUAUCAAUGAAGACACCACGCCAAUCGAAGCUGCCCUUACAUGGCUAGUCGCGAAACGACGAAGAGCCGAAGCGAACUUUCCAGGCGCGGAGCGAAUACUUUCGCAGAUCAAGACGGGCCCGACGAAGAAACGCGUCGGGCUCUUACUGGGUCAAGGACCACCUGCCAGGGAAGGAGCGCCCAUAUUGACGCCGGAAGGUGAGCGUGUAGGCAGCGUUACUUCCGGUGGACCAAGUCCGACCUUGGGCCGGCCGAUCGCCAUGGGAUACAUGCCGCCGGAUUUGGCGCAAUUCGGUGGCGGGAUACUGGUCGAGGUUCGAGGGAAGACGUACAAGGGUACCGUAACGAAGAUGCCCUUUGUGAAAGCGAAGUAUUACACCGCGAAAUGAUGCUGAUUUCGCGACGGAAAUUGGUCGAUCUCCGGAAUACCGCACGCAAUGAUUAAUUGACAGCCAUGAAAUCGUUUAGCACAUUUAUUCGAAAAGUACCCAAACAAUUGGCUUAGAUGAUUAGCUAGCGCGAAUGAAUUGCGACGAAUCGCAAAUGACGUUAUUAUUAUUAAUUAAUAGUUUCUAAAAAUUUUAUUUGCAUUAGCUAAUCUCUAAAUUAAAUUAAUAUCAGAUAAUUGAACCUCUUCCAUGAGAGAUUGCUAAAUAUUAUAAUACAUUAAAUAUAAUAUAAUACAAUACAAUACCAAUCUUGUAAAACAGCUUACAAGAUUAAUUAUUAUUUAUAAAAAUAUGCAUUUGUACGAUAAUACCAUAAAUAUCUAUUUUUAUAUACGAC